AUGAAAGUAGAAGACACUUUACAACUAAACGCAAGAUUUGCAACUCUAUUCCUUCUCAAGCCCAAGUCGCCCAGCCAGUCCAUAGCGUCCGUCGCCCUCGUUAGAGAAGCUCAAAUUAAUGCAGGCCAUUCUCCUGCUGACGCCACCCAGUUGUUCUUAAAUCUAAUUACCAUGCCUGCCGCCACCGCGCCUAAACGCACGUGCUGA